GUCCCUUGGCGGCGCGGCAGUUGCAUAGUGUCCGCUGUGAGGGACAGUCGUGCGGGAUAUUCGCUCUGGACGUUAAGUUUCGUAAACAUGAGGGAACUGAACUUGAUUGAUCGAUGUGUUUUGGUGGUGAUAAUGUUGGUCUCGACGAUAACCAUGACAGCUGGUGGUCUGCUCAUACUUACAGAUGGUUAUACUGAGAAGGCCCUUGUCUUUUUGGUAUGCGGAGGCACCACCAGCAUCUUCACUUGCGCCGGCAUAAUGGUCAGCGUCGUUUUCUCGAGGGCGUCCCCCUCCUCCAACGAUGCAGAGGCGCCGCCCCCUCUCCCUUAUUCCGACCCUCCGCCCGAGUACCGUUUCACGUGGAGGGAGGAAUACCUGAAGAAAUCGCCGGAGAGCUUGAGGACCGAGCUGGAAGAGGGCGCACCCGAAAGGCAAGCAACCGAGGAGGAACGGAAGAUGGGCGCCGCGGCCAAGAAUAAGAACAAGAAGAAGGAUAUUAGGAAGUUCGUGUGGGCCCAUGGCGGAGAGGUCAGCGCGGUGCAUUCGGGGCGGAGGAAUUCCGUCGGAGAGCAGGCUGGCGCUCGUGCAGGGGACAGACCUCGAACGGGGAGAGCCAACACGGUCGCCACGGCAGGGAGUUACGGUGCCGCGAGGCCGGAGGGAAGGGCGGCACCCUCCAGAGCCUCGAUAUCUGUUGUGUCCUUGGCGGGGGAGGUAAACGAGGGCUUGGUGAUGGACGAUGAAGGGCUGCCGACCUACGAAGAGGUGCAGAAGUGGUGAAAAGGGAGAAGUGAGAGAGAGAGAAAGAAGGAAUGAGAGAGAGAGAGAGAGAGAGAGAGAGAGAGAGAGAGAGAGAGAGAGAGAGAGAGAGAGAGAGAGAGAGAGAGAUAGAGAGAGAGAGAGAGAGAGAGAGAGAGAGAAAGAGAGAAAACUGUGAUGUAAAUAAAAACCUAGACUGAUAUAUCUGCAUUAUAAUAAUGUCUCGAUAUAUCUAUAUUUAUUCACAUAUGUAUAAAGCGAAACCUAGUCAUAUUUUUCUAUGAUCUGUGAUUAAUAUAUCUUAGAGGUAUAUAAUAUAUUUUCUUAUGUAUUUUACUGGAUUAUAACUGUAAACAAAAACAAA